AUGAUGACACCAGGCAAAUCUUCCAAGACACCUAUCGUCGGGAAUCUAACAACCCUAGGGUGCACCCUUAAUGUUGAUGGAAAUCUUGAUGGAAUCUCAUUCAAAACCAUCAAGGAUGGCGAUUUAUACACCUGCGUCUUUCAAGGAAAAGGAAUAAACGGUUCUUUCCAAUUCAAAGAGUGCCAAAUCAAGAAUGCGGCAAAUCCAUUGGAAAUUCUCCACAACACAAUAUUCCACUCCGAUCUUCCAGAUCAGAGCAGUGUUGACCCAGAGAAAAUCUACAAACGCUCUGAAGUUUUCGUCUAA